AUGACAGAGUUUGAAAUUAUCGUUCAUAAAGCAACAAACUCUAAACAAGUUGCACCAAAGCGAAAACAUGUUAGAUCAAUUGUUUUGGAGUGUCAUAGUGAGAAUAGUGCACGUUCAUUCUUACAGGAGUUGUAUAAGAGACCGUUGGAUAGCAAUGAUGUAGUUUGCUACAAGGCGCUGGUCACUCUUCACAAGGUGGUUCAGGAGGGACCGAGAAACGCGCUCAACGACGUCAGCACAAAGAUCAAUUGGUUCGAGAGUCUGAGAGGUCACUGGAAGCGACACCCCGAUGCAAAGGGAUACGGUCAUCUGGUGUCAGAGUACUGCACUUUUAUGAUUGACAAGAUCCGAUUCCAUCAGGCUCACCCAGAGUUUGACGGUGGAUUGUCGUUGGACAACUACCAGAAGGCCUAUCGUCUCGACGACAUCGACGUCAACAAAGGACUACAAACGGUCAGUCAUCUCAUGGAUCUGCUGGACGCCGUCUUCCGUAUGCAAAACGCAGUAGUCGAUUCCGCUCCCUACAACGAGUGUAAAACAUCUUCAUUCAUCCCACUCGUCUUGGAAUCCUAUGCAAUCUAUCUAUUGGUUGUUCAAUUCCUAACGACUCUUGUUGAUAAGACAGACAGUAUGGAGCUGAAUGAAUUUGCAAUUCAGAGAUUCUAUAUGCAGUAUCAGACAUUGAGAAAUUUCUAUAUAAAUGCUAAUGCUAUCAAUAGUGUUUCCAGUGUGAUUGCUGUGCCAAAUCUACCACCAGAUCCCCCCAAGUUCAUUAAGAAGAGAAGAGAGCAACCCAAGCAGAGACCGGUUCCAAAGGAUCUGUCUCCACCACCCGUAAAGAGAGAACCACCUCCCCAGCCAGAGAUCACUCAGAUUCCAGUACCCGUUCCAACACCGGUAUUCAUUAGACAGACUGUACCCGUUGUCUAUGGAAAUCCAUUCAUGCAACAACAAGACAAUACAAUGUGGGGACAAUUCAAUAGCGGUGCUCCAAUGUACAAUCCAAUGCCAAUGCAACAGCAGCAACCAACUCCACCACCUCCACCAAUGAUUCAAGAACCACCACCUCCACCCAUCCCCAUCAAUCAACAGUCGCAGUGGGUGACAUUCGAUGAGGAAGCAAGCAACAGACAACGUUCGUCAUCUACACCGGCACCACUCGAAAAGAAGGAAGGGUCGCUCGAGAAGGGAGGAUCACCAUUGGUGCCAUCGACAGCACAGUCCAAUCCACCCGAAAAGACUAGAGUUAUCACAAAGAUCAUCACCAAGACAGUGAGCAACACCGCAGAGUUGAAUGCACUUCGCGCGAGAAUCGAAGAGCUCGAGCGACUGUUGGCAGAGGAGCAGGAGAAGAACAAGCAACUCACACUCAGAUUGUCAGAGCGCGAAGCAAUGAUUCAGGAGGUCACCACCGCCAGAAAGCGUUUGGCAGAGAUGACCGAAUCGAACGACCAAUACACUGCUGAGGUGGUCAAGCAGAACGACCAGCUUCGUGAGCAAUUCAUCGCUCUCAGAGAUUACUAUGAGAAGCAGAGAAUCGCUCGUCUCGAAUCCGAUUUCACUAAAGCACAAAGAGAUAUCGGUCAAUUCAUUUCACUGCUGGACAACCCCAACAAUCUUGGAAAUCAAGAGGCAACCGAACAGAUGUUGAUUUCCGAUUUGAUUCACCACCUUGGUCAGGCACACAAUCUCAUGAACACCUGCUAUCAGGAGGGUGACAUCCCAGAGAUGAGUUUGUUUGGUGCAGUCAAUGGUGUCUCGGAUUCAUUGAAGAAUCUAUUCCAAGACGCCAAAGGUUUGUCCCGUCUCAUUAGAAAUCAAGCCGACCAAAGCAGAUUCUUGGACGCCGCCAGAAAGAUUGGUUCUCUCACUCAGAAUCUCUUUGAUUCCGUUCGUAUCCAAGGAGGACAAUGUCAAGACGAAGAGGACAGAAAGAGAAUCGCUGGAAAUAUCAAGGAUCUACAACAGGGUACUGCUUCACUCGAAGCAAUCACCAAACAAGCACUGUCGACAUCACAGGCCGACAACAGAUUGGACGAGAACGGUUUCGAUUUGGAUGACUUGGCAGAGAGAGAGCUUAUGGCUGCCGCCAAGGCAAUCGAAGAUGCCGCUAAAUCUUUGAUGGUCUCAAAGAACAAGAGACCACCAAAGAAGGAUGGAGACGCACCAGAUGUAGCCGAGGCAAUUCUCGAAGCCGCCAUGGCAAUUACCAAUGCCACUUCCUCGUUGGUCGGUGCUGCCACACUCGCUCAGAAGGAGCGUGUAGAAAAGGGUAGAGCUGGACACGACGGACCACUCUACAAGAAAGAUCCAACCUGGGCUGAGGGUCUCAUUUCCGCAGCCAAGAAUGUAGCUGCCGCUACACGUGCCCUCGUAGAUACCGCCAAUAAAGCGGCCAACGGACAAGAGAUUGCCGGUGGUGUUGAAGAGGCGUUGAUCGCCACAUCCAAGGCAGUGACUGCUGCCACAUCACAGUUGGUUUCCGCAUGUAAAUCGAAAUCCGAUAUCAACAGUCCAUCGCAACACAAACUCAGUAAUUGUGCCAAGAGUGUACAGAAUGCCACCAAUCUAUUGGUAGCUGCUGCCAAGGCCGUAGCACAGAUGGUUGGUGAAGACGACAUCGAUUUCGGUAAACUAACGGUCACCGGUUACAAAGUUAAGGAGAUGGAGCAACAGAUGGCUAUUUUAAGAUUGGAAAAGGAAUUGGAACAUGCCAGAAAAGGUCUUUCUGUAUUAAAGAAACAACAAUAUAGCGAUGAACAACCAUCAGAAUAA